GAUCUUUCUACUCAUCGUUAUUCUGGUUUUGUAGAAAUCGAUAACUUCAAUUUUGCUGCUGACAACUUAAUGAAAAUAGUAUUAAACAUAGUAAAAGUUACUCCAAAACUACUAGCCCAAUUAAGUCAAUUACCUAAUCUCGAGGUUUUACAAAUCAAAUACUGUGCUAUCCAAAAAGAGCUUGACUGUACCGCUUGCCAAGGCAAAUUCUACAAAUUACAUGACUUAGAGCUAUUCUAUAGUAGAAGAUUGGAAAAAAUACUAUUUACUAGUUAUGAUUUCAGUUUCUUGCAAACUGUUAGACUGGUUCCGAAAUAUAAGAUGUUAAACUAUAUACAAGAAAUGGAUGAAAUUGUGAACUUGAUCAUCAAGAAAUGUCCUCAUAUCACACAAUUGUAUUCUAUCAUAAAUACUCCUGAGCAAUUAAAUAGAUUAUCCAUUUUUUCCAAUUUAAAAGAACUCGGUAUUAUUAUACCUUGUUAUUAUAGGUUCGGACAUAAUCCAGAGGAUAUUUUAUUAAAACACACAAUGUUUAUUAACGUUCAAGAACUUAAUUUAUCAGAAACCAAUUUAGAUCAUAAAGUUUUACUGGAAAAAUUGGGACAUGGCUGUUUUCCUAAAUAUUUAUCAGAUCUAAAAAAAGUUGUUGCCUCGAACUUGCAAUUAACUCAUUUAAUUUGUAAUAGAUUAAUUAAAAAUACAUCUGACAGUUGUUGUUGCCUAGAACAAGUAUAUAUCUACAAAGAAUUUGAAAAAGAAGAAUUUGACACAAUUGAGUAUUUUCACCAAAAGAAUGUGACUAUUAUCAUAAAAGGUUAUAGCUUUGAAAAAGAUAAUCUUUAUAAAAAAAUGAAUUUUUGA